UAUUGUGUUAAACAAGCUGCAGCGAGCAGAACAGCUUUAAGACUGGAGUCAUUGAACUUAUCCGGCAGUUGGUUUACACCAGUUGUUAAGUUCACUUCAUACAGAAAGCAUGAAACAGUUUCAUCCGUGUUCCCAGUUUAUAACGACAAUCGUCAUUGUAUUACUGCUGCGCCACAAUGACGAUCCACAAGCACUGUCGAGUAAGUACCAAAAUUUGAAGGUCCGAAUAACAUCAAAUAAUCCGAUAAGAAACCCGCGUGAGGGACGUGUUGAGGUGAGUUUGGAUGGCGGUGCCAAAUGGGGUACACUCUGCAGCUCAAUGUGGAGCUUUCGUGAGGGCAAUGUUGUUUGUCGACAACUUGGUCUUGGCUAUGCGGCCAUGGUUAAUCAAACAACCAGUUUUGGUGAUAGCAAGAAGUAUCCUUGGGCCAUGAUGGGCACUCUGUGUCGUGGUAAUGAGCAACGUUUGUCGGACUGUAGGCGUGAGCCCACAUACCCGCGCAAUUGUACAGCCGGCAAUCUUAAUGUAGCAGUUGUACGUUGUGUGCCGCAGAGUGCUGACUUGACUUUGGGUUUGCGUGACAUUGAGACCUCAGCGCGUCUCGACUUGGCGCCGAUGACACGCCUUGAAUGUGCGAUGGAGGAGAAUUGUGUCUCGGCCGAAGCUUAUGUCAUACGACGCACAAAACCGAAUGCGAUACGUAAUCUUUUGCGUUUCACAACCAAAGCGGAAAAUGUGGGCGAUGCGGAUUUCAGCCCCUAUGCGAAUUACAAAGACUGGGAGUGGCAUCAGUGCCAUCAACACUAUCACAGCAUGAAUGUAUUUGCGACUUUCGAUGUCUACGAUUUGCGUUACAAGAAAGUGGCGGAGGGACACAAGGCCUCAUUCUGUCUGAUGGACACAAGUUGUGUACCGGGUGUUAGACCAAAAUACACCUGUGGCAAUGAGACGCAAGGCAUUUCCAUUGGCUGCUCUGAUUUGUACACCGCCGACUUGGACUGUCAAUGGGUCGAUGUUACUGGCUUACCGAUAAAUCAAUAUUAUAUUCUUCGCGUUGCCAUCAAUCCUGAAUAUAAAAUUGGCGAACGUACAUUUGAGAACAAUGGUGCUGAGUGCAUUAUACAUUAUACGGGCAAGCCGGCGACAACAAGAAUCACGAAUUGCCGACGUACGCCCUUGUGGUUUAACGUUUAAUAUUUUUAAAUUACUAUCAAAUACUUUAACGUUUGGAAUAAACUUUUAAAAUAUG